GGCUGCCUGUGCUGCAGGAAUAGAAGCCUCCCCUGGAACCGCCGGGACGAUCUCUAGUGCAUACAGCCCUCCGGCAGAUGUGGUCGAAAACGUCUUGUGCUUUCUAAAGGAAGCCCAUUCCUUUGCAUGGCCCCGCUGGCCUUGUGAUUGCCAGGCCGGUGCCACGCCGCUCUUUGCUGGGCUGUUUUCUCUCUGGAGGGCCUGAGGACGUUGACAUAGAAGAUGUGCGAGGAAGAGGACAGCACUGCCCUUGUUUGUGACAAUGGGUCUGGGCUCUGUAAAGCCGGCUUCGCUGGGGACGAUGCUCCAAGAGCAGUUUUCCCUUCCAUUGUGGGUCGUCCCAGGCACCAGGGUGUGAUGGUUGGUAUGGGUCAAAAAGACAGCUACGUAGGUGACGAGGCUCAGAGCAAGAGAGGAAUCCUGACCUUGAAAUACCCAAUAGAACACGGCAUUAUUACAAACUGGGAUGACAUGGAGAAGAUCUGGCAUCACUCUUUCUAUAAUGAGCUCCGAGUUGCACCUGAAGAACACCCGACUCUGCUGACUGAAGCACCACUGAAUCCCAAAGCCAAUCGAGAGAAAAUGACCCAGAUUAUGUUUGAGACUUUCAAUGUGCCAGCCAUGUAUGUCGCUAUUCAAGCCGUUCUGUCCCUCUAUGCUUCUGGACGUACCACAGGGAUUGUGCUUGACUCUGGGGACGGCGUCACCCACAAUGUGCCAAUUUACGAAGGCUACGCUUUGCCGCACGCCAUCAUGCGUCUGGACCUGGCUGGCCGUGACCUGACAGACUACCUCAUGAAAAUCCUGACAGAACGUGGCUACUCCUUUGUGACCACUGCGGAGCGUGAAAUUGUCCGUGACAUCAAGGAGAAGCUGUGUUACGUGGCCCUGGACUUUGAAAAUGAGAUGGCCACUGCUGCCUCUUCCUCCUCUCUGGAAAAAAGCUAUGAGCUUCCUGAUGGUCAGGUGAUCACUAUUGGAAAUGAGCGCUUCCGCUGCCCAGAGACCCUCUUCCAGCCAUCUUUCAUUGGCAUGGAGUCUGCUGGCAUUCAUGAAACCACCUACAACAGCAUCAUGAAGUGUGACAUAGACAUCAGAAAGGAUCUUUAUGCCAACAACGUGCUGUCUGGAGGCACUACAAUGUACCCGGGUAUUGCAGACAGGAUGCAGAAGGAAAUAACUGCUCUGGCUCCCAGCACUAUGAAGAUCAAGAUCAUUGCUCCUCCUGAACGUAAGUACUCCGUCUGGAUUGGAGGCUCUAUUCUUGCCUCCCUGUCUACUUUCCAGCAGAUGUGGAUCAGCAAACAGGAAUAUGAUGAAGCUGGCCCAUCCAUUGUUCACCGCAAAUGCUUUUAAGUUGGCUUUAUCUUUGUAUGUCUCCUUAGCGUAUUACUGUGAAUGUAUUCAGGAAAAUACAUUCUUAUCAUUUCAUUCCAUA